CACCUUCCCGCAGCCAGCACUGAACCAGUUGCAUCUCACAUACAUCCGAUCCGGGACUGUAUUUCCUCUUCCCUUCUCUCUCACUGCCACCUAAAACACGCCGCAUCUUUGACACCUCCAUUUCUACGUUAAAAUACGGGAACUGGUGAACUCUAAGCCGAUGCACGCUCCGUCCGCGAUCCAGCCGCCGCUCAACGUCCGAAAGCGCAGCUGACACCAGCAUGGCAAACACGCGCAACAAAGACCCUGCAGCUGCAGAAAUUGAGGUGUUUGACGCGGCCAAGCACGCAAAGGCCCCCUCACACCUCCUCGCCAACCCACCUCUCCCCUUCCCUGCAGUCCGCAUCGGCAUCGUCAGCUCCGCCAUCGGCUACGGCCUCUUCGCGGCGCGCGACCUCGCGGCAGGCGAGUUCAUCUUUCACGAGGCGCCGCUCAUGACGGCGCGCUUCAACGAGCGCUUCAGCGCCGACGCCGCGCUAGUGGCCAGCCAGGUGGCUGCGUGUCGUGGCGUGCUGUUUGGUGGUGGAGGCGGCGGCGGCAGGGGCAGGGACAGAGACAGGGACAGAGACAGGGACAGAGAAAGGGACAGGGACAUGGACAGGGACAGAGUGGGAAUGGUAGCGGCUGUUGCGUUCCCCGCGCUCACGGCUAGGUUUGGGAUGGAGCCUGUUGGAUUCGAAACGGCGGGUCGAGUCUUGGGAGUCGGAACCCCGGCCAGAGGUGAAGAGGGCGGGAUGGGAAUGAACCUUGUCAGGGGGCAGGGGAUGUUUGCUGGGUCGAACGUUACGCGCGAGGAGUACGAGGCGUAUACUUCCAGAUUUGCGGCUUCGGCUGGGGUGACAGAGGCCGAGGCGAGGGAGGCGUGUCUCGACUUCUUCAAGCACUACGCAUUUCAGGUGUAUGGCCCGGGGGAUGCGAGUGGCUGUGGAGAUGGUCGAGGAGCAAGCCGCGGACUCGCAGCUGCCACACGCGAGGCCUGCGUCUACCUGCUGGGGUCGCUGAUCAACCACUGCUGCACGCCGUGUUCUUCGUUUCUGGGAAACAGCAGCAGCACCGAGAAUGGGAGCAACACGGGGCCGAAUUGUUCGUGGCGCAUUGGGCCGUCUGGUUUAGCCCAAUUUAUCAAGCCGCGCCAUAUCUGCGUCCAGGCUCGCAGGCCGAUACACGACGGGGAGCAGCUAACGUGGGAUUACGGGAAGAGGGAGAAGGGCUUUGUUUGUGAAUGCGAUAUCUGCCAGGAUAGUCUCAUAGGCGGACUGGGCUCAAUGUGCGGCAUGUUGUGAGGGCGGAGAAACCACUGGUAACGGGCGCUGCUUUGGUUUGGGAAUUGUUCACUGCGUACUGGGCGUGGCUAUCUCUCAACCCUUGCUUCACUCCGUCAUCGAGUUGAGCUGAUACAGCUAUCCCUGACUGUUGCGUGGCAUAGCAGAUAAAACGGAAUACGAUAAGUAUAGUGAAACAUGUGGAAGGCAUGUCACUACUAAACCCACUUCCCAUCUUCACCCGAGCAGCUUCAUCAUGUCAUCAAC